CCCGCAGUUUAAAAGCUCCGUCCAGCUGCAGAGAAAGCUGAGACCUGCUGGCUGCUCCUCGAUCACGUCCACAGAACCAAGAUCGGGUCUUUAUUCGGACCUUUGUUGGAGCGAGUGUUUUGUUCUUUCCUGUCCCGGAAUUCCAAGGUGAUGGUUCCGACCUCAGGUGACGCUCGGUGCAGCUAAAGUCCACGUCCGGCUUCGUCUUUCCUGCCGCCUUCGCCCCCAGCAUGGUUCUGCUUCUGGUCCUGGUCCUGCUCCCCGUUUGGACCUGCUGCUGUGCCGGGGAUUGUACGCAGGCCGCGGGGAGGAGGCAGCCGCAGCAAGGGCACCGGGACCGGCUGGCCCAGGACGCGGUGACCGAACACAUGCAGCACUUGUACCGCAAGUACAACAAGGACGGCGCCGGCGGCCUGGACGGAAACACCGUGCGCAGCUUCAAGGCGCACUGGGGCGUCAUCAACAAAAAGCCGCUGCAGAUCUUCAACCUGACCUCGCUCACCAAGUCCGAGGACGUGCUGUCAGCUACGUUGCACUACUACAUCGGGGACCUCCAGAACGGUUCCAGGGCACGCCCACGUGGUCACAGUCAGGUCCACGCGCUCAUCUGGAGCUUUGCCCCCGAAGGAGACGGGAUGAGGACUUUGGGCGAGUUCCGCAUCAACGCGUCCACGCAGAACCAGGACUUCAUCUCCUGGCAGUGGAAGGACGUGACCCUGGUGGUCCACCAGGCAAAGCAGCACCAGCAGAUCCUCAUCGGCAUCCAGGUGUCCUCCAGGGAGUCCGGGCCCUGGAAGGAGCUGCUGGCCCAUCGCUCGCCGUACAUUCUGGUCUACGCCAACGACUCGGCCAUCUCUGAGCCCGAGAGCGUGGUGGCCGCCCUCAGGAGGAAACCCGCCCCCGGAGACCGGGACUUGCUUUUGGACCAAGCGAGCCCCAGGGAGCCAAACGCCAGCGAUCCCGGAGGAGGACGCCCCAGACGCUCGCUGGAUGUCCCGCUGCCUCUGCAGAACAACGAGCUGCCGGGACCUGAGUACUCGGACAAAUGGGAGCGUGCCUACCGGCCUCUGGAGGCCAAGAGGGCCCGGCGGCCCGGGAAGAACCAGAAGAAAAGUCUGCUGCACUUCGACGAGCGGACCAUCAAGAAGGCUCGCAAGAAGCAGUGGAAGGAGGCCAGGAAGUGCGCCCGCAGGUACCUGAAGGUGGAUUUUGCCGACAUCGGCUGGAGCGACUGGAUUAUUUCUCCCAAGUCUUUUGAGGCCUUCUACUGCUCCGGAUCCUGCCACUUCCCCAUGCCCAAGGCGCUGAGGCCGUCCAACCACGCCACCAUCCAGAGCAUCGUGCGGGCGGUGGGCGUGGUCCCAGGGGUCCCCGAGCCGUGCUGCGUGCCCGAGACCAUGGCGUCGCUCAGUGUCCUCUUCUUCGACGAGGACAGGAACGUGGUCCUCAAGGUCUACCCCAACAUGACCGUGGACUCCUGCGCCUGCAGAUAGGCCCCGCCUCCUGACGUCACGGAAACAAGCCGCUCUCCUCCCGUCCCUGUUGCCAUGGUGAAGGAGGAGAAGAGAAACUUUGUUGUCGUCGUGGAAACCAAAAACAAAAUGGUCUUCCGUUUUCCUGGGUUUUGCCAAAAGUGUCCCGAGGAGGCCAUCGUGUCAAAUACUCCAUCUUUAUCAGGUGACACUGACCAUCGUGUCCAAUACACAAUCUUUCCCAGGUGCCACUGACCAUCUUGUCAAAUACACAAUCUUUCCCAGGUGACACUGACCAUCGUGUCAAAUACACAAUCUUUCCCAGGUGACACUGACCAUCGUGUCAAAUACACAAUCUUUGUAGCUUUACACGUACACAAACAUUUUGAUUGAGUGUCAAAAUCCUUUCUUUAUUCAAAAAUAAUUUUUUUAGCUUUCACUUUUUCGGGAGCAAAACACAUUUUUUCAGUUUUCAAACUUUCAAUAAAAUAUUUUGUGCUUUUUUUCCCCAAAACUGGCAGCAAUUUGAUCAAAUGGUUAUGUAAUAUCAAAUCACUUUACAGUCAAUUAACCAUUUGAAGUCAAUAAGUGCAUCCAUCCAUCCAUCCAUCAUCUUCCGCUUAUCCGAGGUCGGGUCGCGGGGGCAGCAGCCUAAGCAGGGAAGCCCAGACUUCCCUAUCUCCAGCCACUUCGUCUAGCUCUUCCCGGGGGAUCCCGAGGCGUUCCCAGGCCAGCCGGGAGACAUAGUCUUUCCAACGUGUCCUGGGUCUUCCCCGUGGCCUCCUACCAGCUGGACGUGCCCUAAACACAUCCCUAGGGAGGCGUUCGGGUGGCAUCCUGACCAGAUGCCCGAACCACCUCAUCUGGCUCCUCUCGAUGUGGAGGAGCAGCGGCUUUACGUUGAGCUCCUCCCGGAUGGCAGAGCUUCUCACCCUAUCUCUAAGGGAGAGCCCCGCCACCCGGCGGAGGAAACUCAUUUCGGCCGCUUGUACCCGUGAUCUUAUCCUUUCGGUCAUGACCCAAAGCUCAUGACCAUAGGUGAGGAUGGGAACGUAGAUCGACCGGUAAAUUGAGAGCUUUGCCUUCCGGCUCAGCUCCUUCUUCACCACAACGGAUCGAUACAACGUCCGCAUUACUGAAGACGCCGCACCGAUCCGCCUGUCGAUCUCACGAUCCACUCUUCCCCCACUCGUGAACAAGACUCCUAGGUACUUGAACUCCUCCACUUGGGGCAGGGUCUCCUCCCCAACCCGGAGAUGGCAUUCCACCCUUUUCCGGGCGAGAACCAUGGACUCGGACUUGGAGGUGCUGAUUCUCAUUCCGGUCGCUUCACACUCGGCUGCGAACCGAUCCAGUGAGAGCUGAAGAUCCCGGCCAGAUGAAGCCAUCAGGACUACAUCAUCUGCAAAAAGCAGAGACCUAAUCCCGUGGCCACCAAACCGGAACCCCUCAACGCCUUGACUGCGCCUAGAAAUUCUGUCCAUAAAAGUUAUGAACAGAAUCGGUGACAAAGGACAGCCUUGGCGGAGUCCAACCUUCACUGGAAACGUGUCCGACUUACUGCCAGCAAUGCGGACCAAGCUCUGGCACUGAUCGUACAGGGAGCGGACCGCCACAAUAAGACAUUCCGAUACCCCAUACUCUCUGAGCACUCCCCACAGGACUUCCCGAGGGACACGGUCGAAUGCCUUCUCCAAGUCCACAAAGCACAUGUAGACUGGUUGGGCAAACUCCCAUGCACCCUCAAGAACCCUGCCGAGAGUGUAGAGCUGGUCCACAGUUCCACGACCAGGACGAAAACCACACUGUUCCUCCUGAAUCCGAGGUUCGACUAUCCGGCGAAGCCUCCUCUCCAGUACACCUGAAUAAACCUUACCGGGAAGGCUGAGGAGUGUGAUCCCACGAUAGUUGGAACACACCCUCCGGUCCCCCUUCUUAAAGAGAGGAACCACCACCCCGGUCUGCCAAUCCAGAGGUACCGCCCCCGAUGUCCACGCGAUGCUGCAGAGUCUUGUCAACCAAGACAGCCCCACAGCAUCCAGAGCCUUAAGGAACUCCGGGCGGAUCUCAUCCACCCCCGGGGCCUUGCCGCCGAGGAGCUUUUUAACUACCUCAGCGACCUCAGCCCCAGAAAUAGGAGAGUCCACUACAGAUUCCCCAGGCACCGCUUCCUCAAAGAAAGACGUGUUGGUGGGAUUGAGGAGGUCUUCGAAGUAUUCCCUCCACCGAUCCACAACAUCCGCAGUCGAAGUCAGCAGAACACCAUCCGCACCAUACACGGUGUUGAUAGUGCACUGCUUCCCCUUCCUGAGGCGCCGUAUGGUGGUCCAGAAUCGCUUCGAAGCCGUCCGGAAGUCGUUUUCCAUGGCUUCCCCGAACUCUUCCCAUGUCCGAGUUUUUGCCUCCGCGACCACUAAAGCUGCACACCGCUUGGCCCGUCGGUACCCGUCCACUGCCUCCGGAGUCCUAUGAGCCAAAAGAACCCGGUAGGACUCCUUCUUCAGCUUGACGGCAUCCCUCACUGCAUCCCUCAAUAAGUGCAUUUCAUAAUUAAAUUAUUAUUUCAAGUAAGUGGAUUUUGCAUCAAUUUAAAGUCAUUUGCCUAAAAAAAUCAGUGGAUAGUACUUUUUUGAUUCCUUCAGGAAAAUGAAAACAUUAAAUCAGUACAUUUUACAGUCAAAUUGAAAUUUACUGGAAUACAUUUCCUCAAGAUUUUAUUGGACAUUUCUAGAGCUCACAAGCCAAAUAUUCAUGCAGAAAAAAACAAUAUUUUUCUUGUUUUACUCUACGUGAUUGUUUUACUCUAUGCAAUUUGUUUUACUCUUUUUUUUUUUUUAUUGGACCUUUUUUACUCUAUGCAUUUUUUUUUACUGAACGUGUUCUUUUUUUUACUGUAGGUGUUUUUCUAUUUACGUCCUUUUUAUUGGAUGUUUUUUUUGCUCGACGUGUUUUGUACAUUGUUGUCAUACCGACAGUUUGUAAAGAUGAAGAAUGAUUAUUUUUUAUUUACUUCUUCUUCUAUUUUUUGUACGCGAUAAAGAGUUUCUAUUGUGGGUGUAAAUGUUAGCUUCAUAAAGUAUAUUUGGAUAUUUAUUGUGGUGGGGGUGGGGUCAGGAAGGGAGAGAGGGGGCGGGGCUUUGACUAUGACAGAGACGUAAACCCGCCCCCUCUGCCCCCAUCAUGGCCGCCCUCCAAACAAAACAUAGAAAGAUAAUAAAAAUAUGCUCAAUAUGACGCGUUUGUUGGUGUUUUGUGUCAAAAAGAAACCAAAUAAAUAUUUUGUUACAUUUUAAUGAAUAAAAAAAUGCUCAAUAUGAUGCGUUUGUUGGAUUUUUGUGACAAAAACAAAUAUUUUGUUACAUUUUAAUAAAUACAAAUAUGCUCAGUA